CUACACCAGUUAACAGCCGCGCUGAGUGAAUCCUCUGCAUAAAUACCAAUACUGAUGUUUAUAUCAUCUAGAAACGUCGUAUCGCCUCAUAAUUUUAAAAAUAAACUUGUUUUGACUUUUACAUAAUGCCACGCUUAUUUAUUGUGAAGUUAGAUGUGGAUUGCUGUGAACGCCUGUAAAAUCCUGACGAUUAUAAACGGGUAAAUGCGACUUGACUUCAGAAGUGGGAAAUAUGCGAAAAGACGUGAGGAUUCUGCUGGUUGGAGAACCCAAAGUGGGGAAGACAUCCCUGAUCAUGUCAUUGGUCAGUGAGGAGUUCCCGGCUGUGGUUCCUUAUAGAGCUGAGGAAAUCACUAUACCAGCAGAUGUCACACCAGAGAGAGUCCCCACUCAUAUAGUAGACUACUCAGAAGCUGAACAGACAGAUGAACAACUGUAUCAAGAGAUAUCAAAGGCCAAUGUUAUAUGUAUAGUCUACUCCGUGAACAACAAGAAGUCUAUUGAGAAGGUGACAAGUCACUGGAUUCCCCUGAUAAAUGAGAGAACAGACAAAGAUAGCAGGGUUCCUCUGAUCCUUGUGGGGAAUAAAUCUGAUCUGGUUGAACACAGCAGUAUGGAGACUGUCCUUCCCAUCAUGAACAAAUACACAGAGAUAGAGACUUGUGUGGAGUGUUCAGCCAAGAAUCUGAAGAAUAUUUCAGAGUUGUUUUACUAUGCACAGAAAGCUGUUCUUCACCCUACAGGGCCACUCUACUGUCCAGAGAAGAAAGAGAUGAGGUCUGCCUGUGUUCGAGCAUUGACACGAAUCUUUAAGGUGUCAGAUUUGGACAACAAUGGUGUCCUCAAUGAUUAUGAGCUCACCUUUUUUCAGAUGACCUGUUUCAACACCCCACUAGCCCCACAAGCCCUAGAGGAUGUAAAAAAUGUUGUAAGUAAAAACCUGACGGAUGGAGUGCAUGACAAUGGGCUCACUCUCAAAGGUUUCCUUUUCCUACAUACUCUCUUUAUCCAAAGAGGAAGGCAUGAGACCACGUGGACGGUACUGCGGAGGUUUGGAUAUGAUGACGAUCUCGAGCUGCAUCAGGACUACCUGUUUCCCCCGUUAAAAAUACCACCAGACUGCACCACAGAGCUCAAUCACAAUGCUUACCUGUUUCUACAGAGCGUCUUUGACAAACAUGAUAAGGACAGAGACUGUGCUUUGUCCCCUGAAGAGCUUAUGGAUCUGUUCAAUGUUUUCCCCUACAUCCCCUGGGGACUGGAUGUGAACAGUACGGUCUGCACUAAUGACCAGGGCUGGAUCACAUAUCAAGGCUAUCUCUCUCAGUGGACUUUAACAACUUACCUGGAUGUCCAGCGAUGUCUAGAAUAUCUUGGCUACCUUGGUUACUCUAUUAUUGCUGAGCAGGAGUCUCAGGCAUCUGCCAUAACCGUGACCCGUGAUAAGAAGCUCGACCUUCAGAAGAAACAGACGCAACGGAAUGUAUUUCGCUGUCAUGUGUUUGGACUAACUGGAAGUGGCAAAACUGGUUUCCUGCAGGGCUUCCUCGGCAGAAACCUUGUGCAUCAGAGGACAAUAAGAGAAGAGCAUAAAUCAUAUUAUGCAAUCAGCACUGCACAUGUGUACGGACAGGAGAAGUACUUGUUGCUCCACGAAGUCUUUCCAGAUUUUGAUGUCCUGUCUGAGACAGAACUUUCAUGUGACAUUGUGUGUCUGAUCUAUGAUGUCAGCAACCCCUGCUCUUUUGAGUACUGCUCACGAAUCUUCAAGCAACACUUCAUGGACAGUAAGACUCCAUGUAUGCUGAUUGCCGCAAAGUCAGACCUGCCAGAAACAAAGCAGCAAUACUGCAUGACUCCACUGGAAUUCUGCCGCAAGCACAAGAUGCCUCCGCCUCAGUCCUAUACCUGUAACACAGCUGCGGCUCCCAGCAAAGACAUCUUCAUCAAACUCACCACCAUGGCCGUGUACCCCCAUGCGCGUCUACGCUGCAUGUGCACCUGUAACAGGUGCACUUUCUGUCUGUGUCAGAACUUCCUCAACUCUGAGCUUGUGCAGACGGUUCGGACCAAACUCUACACUGUCGUCUUUAGCAGGCAUAUCACCCAUGCUGACCUGAAGAGCUCUGCAUUUUGGCUCCGAGCGAGUGUUGGAGCCACUGUUUGUGCUGUUCUAGGGUUUGCCAUGUACAGAGCCCUCCUCAGAUCUCGAUGAGCAGACCCUAAAACUUACAUCCCUCACUUCCUGUCUGCCCUAGCUAUCUCCCAUUUGCAGAAGAAUCAAUAGAAACAAGAUUUAGUUUAAGAAAGAAUGCAUGACGCAACAUUAGCUGUUAUAUUUCUAUUUAUUGUCAAAUGUACAUUCCCACGUCUUGAGACUCUAUUUGAGACAGAAAACUAUUAAGUUUUUCUUUAAACAUGAUACAAGCAAAUUGUAAAUAUGUACAUGAGAGUUAAUAUUUAUUUGUUGCCAUGUGAAUAAAACAUAUAGCAUUGAUAUUUAAAGCAAACAAAUGUCACACUUUGCUCUCACUUUUAUCUCAAACUGUCAGAUAGACUGUUUGCGAUCUGUGGUUCACUGUUUUUGAACGAAAACCAACCAAGUGGCAGAAAAGACCGGAAGCCUGUGUGUGAAACUGUGGAAGCACUUCAUCUAAACUUUAUUUGCAUGCUUUAAUGUUUUACAUAAUGUCUGAAAAAUUGUGAAAGUCUAAUCAACAGCAUUUUUCCCCCUUGUCAGUUUCCAUAAUUUUCCAACCUUUUAAUAAACAGGUCCUGCAACAGUA